AUCCAACAUGGCCGCUAGGGGCUUCACAUCCCCAUGACCAAACCUAAGCAUGCUGCGACGGUGAACGUUAAAACGACAACGCCCGCGAGAACAAACGCGCGAGUCGAUCCGUCUGUGUAUCACCAUAGCAGCUGGCCAGGAAAAUAAUUCUGCCCAAUGUAAGGUUUUGGUAUUUGCACAUAGCAUGCCAUGACUCCAUGUGAAGGAGACGACGUUGUUUGCAAUUUGGUACAAGAUGAGCAGCGGUAGUAAACGAGAGAGGGAGCAGAGGAGGAAACUGCAGCACUUUCUAAGUGACCUGGCCUUACUUGGAUCAUUACAGGGCUUUAAAUACUUCCAGCCUUGGCUAAGAGGGAAAGAAGAGUUGCUGUUGACAGUUGUUAAUGAGGAUCUGGGUUGGCGUUCCCCAGGGUUUGUGGUCUCCAGAGCCUCCUCCAACUCCUCCACCAGCAGCUGUAACAGCAGCGAUGUCUCCUCCAGCAGCAGCUCCCCCAACCUGGACAGCCAGAGCAGCUCUCCCCUGCCCGGGGAGCCUCCAGGCCCACUAGAACCUCCGUUGCACACACACGCCAAGGCACAGCCACAGACUGUCAGGGACCCCAGCAGUGAGGAGCAUCUCCUCCCAGCCUCUCCCAGUGAAAGAGAGAUAGCCGUACCUGAGGUGAAUUGCACUCUGUUUUUACUGGCCGGCUACGUCAAGUACGGACGCCCCUACGCCUGGAUACGCUCUAAUCACGAGCGCCUGGUCAACAUCGGAGGCACCGAUUCGAUGGUUAAGGACACGCCCAUGAAACUGAAGUCCAUUGCAGACUGGCAGACACGAGGGAUUCACGUGUGGGACGUCAUCAGUGAGCUGGUGUGUCUGUGCACCGUUCCGUCUCCCUCCAACCCCUUUGCCCUAGACAUGAGUUACAUUAAAAGUCUUCCCCUCCCUGACCGCUUCCUAGCCACAGGCGCUCUCCUCAACUUCCUGGAGAUGUACGUGGUUUACGGAAACCGGGACGAGUUGCACUAUGACAAAGUGGUGGAGGAGGUGAAGCCUCUGAGGCGUCUCCACGUCCAGUCCCUGCUGGAGUUACAGCGACACAGGGAGAGCUCGGGGUUGGCCCAUAGUCCCACAGUGCCGGACUCGUCCGGAGAGGAGUGACUUUAAUUGUUUGUUAUUUCAACCACAUGAGACAUACUCUUACUGACUUCUUGUAGAAAAUAAAAAGACAGAAAAUAAGUUUAAAUAUCAGAAUGACCGUCUUUAGAAAUUAUUUUUCUUGUCGCCUUCAUCUUGCAUACAGUACACACUGUACAAACCCAUUUCUUUCAAGGCUACACAGUCCAGUUGGAGAUGGAUAUAUA